AUGUGCCACUUCGUUCCCGCUUACAUCCUUCAGCACAUUGCCGAGUCUGAGAGUGCUCCUGAGGAAGCGCGUCAGGUUGCUCUUCGCACCCUUUCAGCCGAUCAGGACUUCCGGCAGCAGCGCGUGCAAGCCCUCACGAGCGGUGGAGCACCUACUCUUCCCGAAGAUUCUGUUCCGGCAGCCCAAACACCAAUUGUGAGUUUAGGCUUCGUCCCCCCUGGCAUUCUUGAGCACAUCGCCCAGAGUGAGUUGUUGGACGACGAGACUCGAGAGAGUGCAAAGGCAACAUUGAGGUCAGAUGUUAAGAUUCGCGAACAGAGAGCUGCCCUCGUCGGCGCUGCGGCGAGGGAUGAGCCCCAUCAGCCGGAAGCCGCGUCUCUUGUGCUGAGGCGGGCCGUCUACGACGGCCACAACCUCCCCUCCCUUCCUGGCACUGUUGCCCGCGUGGAAGGUGCUGAGCGAACACGCGACAGACAAGUCAACAAUGUAUAUGAUGGUGUCGGCAUCACCGUUAAGUUCUUCCACACCGUGUUUGGUCGCAAUGCCGUCGACGGAAAUGGCCGUACCCCUAUUGUUACUGUUCAUCAUGACCCCGAUACGCGCAACCCACUGGGGUACAACAACGCCUUCUGGAACAGCCGCCAGUUUGCUUUUGGAGAUGGUGAUGGCAUCAUCUUUGACUAUUUUACGGAUUCCCUGGAUGUUGUCGCGCAUGAAUUGACCCACGCCAUUACCGAAUACACCGCAAAGCUCCAUUACGUGCGGGAGGCGGGAGGUCUGAACGAGUCCAUCUCGGAUAUCUUUGGUGCACUGGUUGAGCAGUGGCACUUCAAUCAAACCGCAGCAGAGGCUGAUUGGCUCACUGGCCAGAAUCUCUUUUCUAUUGGGAUCAAGGGUGCAGCGCUCCGCAACAUCGCAAAUCCGGGAACUGCGUUCGACGAUCCGAUCCUUGGCCGAGACCGUCAGAUCGCUCAUUACAGCCAGUACAACGAUGACUUGGAUGUUCAUAUCACCUCGGGUAUCCCCAAUCGCGCAUUCUACUUGGUUGCCAUUGGCUUCGGUGGGUAUGCCUUCCAAAAGGCCGGAAAGAUCUGGUAUGAGACUUUGAUCGACCCACGGGUCAAGCGACCUGAUGGAUUAACCACUUUCAAGGAGUGGGCCGAUGUGACGGUUGAUCAAGCCACCAGGCUGUUUGGCGCUUCUGAUGCGAUCAUUGUCCGCAAUGCUUGGGUCUCUGUUGGUGUUCUGCAUUGA